GAGGGGAGAGAGAGAGAGAUUGUGAAAAGAACGGCAGGAGGAGAGGGACUUGCUAUAAGGACACCAGCGACUCUUAAAUCCAGCCGCUCCUCUUGUUUUUACGCAGGAGAUUUAUUUUUUGUUGAAGAAACCAAACAAGAAAACGGGAGAACCUGUGAUUGAAGCCCGUUAGAGAGAAAAGUAGCCUCACAUCUUUUUCUCUAUCUCUCUCUCUUUCUCUCUCUCUCUAUCUCUCUCUCUCUCUUCUACUUUAAAUAAUUAUCAGCCGGCGGAGACACUCGGGGACCGAGGGACCUACCAUGCAAAGGGCUGUGGACAUUGCGCUGACUGUGCUGCUCGCCGCGUCCCUGUCGUGCCGGAGCGCCCUCGGCGGCUACGGGGUGAGCCUGUUCGCGGCGCAGACCUCCCCCCCGGACCCUUGCUACGACGAGCACGGCAACCCGCGCCGCUGCAUCCCGGACUUCGUCAACUCCGCCUUCGGCAAGGAGGUGAAGGUGUCCAGCACCUGCGGCAAGGCGCCCGGCCGCUACUGCGUGGUGACGGCGGCGGAGAAGGGGGACGAGCGGACGAGGAACUGUCACACCUGCGACGCCUCGGACCCCAAGAAGGGCCGCCCGCCGGCGUACCUGACGGACCUCAACAACCCGCACAACCUCACCUGCUGGCAGUCCGAGAACUUCGUGCAGUACCCGCAGAACGUCACGCUGACCCUGUCGCUCGGCAAGAAGUUCGAGGUCACCUACGUGAGCCUGCAGUUCUGCUCGCCCCGGCCCGAGUCCAUGGUGAUCUACAAGUCCAUGGACUACGGCAAAACCUGGGUGCCCUUUCAGUCCUACUCCACCCAGUGCAGGAAGAUGUACAACAAGCCGAACCGGGCCGUGAUCACGAAGCAGAACGAGCAGGAGGCGGUCUGCACGGACUCGCACACCGACAUGUACCCUCUGACCGGCGGCCUCAUCGCCUUCAGCACGCUGGACGGCCGGCCGUCGGCGCACGACUUCGACAACUCGCCCGUGCUGCAGGACUGGGUGACGGCCACCGACAUCAAAGUCAUCUUCAGCCGGCUGCACACGUUCGGCGACGAGAACGAGGACGACUCGGAGCUGGCGCGCGACUCGUACUUCUACGCCGUGUCGGACCUGCAGGUCGGCGGGAGGUGCAAGUGCAACGGGCACGCGUCCCGGUGCGUAAAGGACCGGGACGGGGGUCUGGUGUGCGAGUGCAAGCACAACGCCGCCGGGCCGGAGUGCGACAGGUGCAAGCCUUUCCACUACGACAGACCGUGGCAGAGAGCCACGGCCAGGGAGGCCAACGAGUGCGUCGCCUGCAACUGUAACCUCCACGCCCGGAGGUGCCGCUUCAACAUGGAGCUGUACAAGCUGUCGGGGAGGAAGAGCGGCGGCGUCUGCCUCAACUGUCGCCACAACACAGCCGGGCGCCACUGCCACUACUGCAAGGAGGGCUACUACAGAGACCUGUCCAAAGCCAUCUCACACAGGAAGGCAUGCAAAGCAUGUGAUUGCCAUCCCGUGGGCGCUGCUGGCAAAACCUGUAACCAAACCACAGGACAAUGUCCCUGUAAAGACGGCGUGACCGGUAUCACGUGCAACCGCUGCGCUAAAGGCUACCAGCAGAGCCGCUCGCCCAUUGCCCCCUGCAUAAAGAUUCCAGUUGCACCUCCUACGACCCCGUCCAGCAGCACAGAGGAGCCGUCAGACUGUGACUCGUACUGCAAAGCGUCGAAAGGCAAGCUGAAGAUCAACAUGAAGAAGUACUGCAAGAAAGAUUACGCUGUCCAGGUGCACAUCCUGAAGGCGGACAAGGCCGGCGAGUGGUGGAAGUUCACCGUCAACAUCAUCUCCGUCUACAAGCAGGGCGAGAGCCGCAUCCGCCGCGGCGACCAGUUCCUGUGGGUCCGCGCCAAGGACGUGGCCUGCAAGUGUCCCAAGAUCAAGCCCGGGAAGAAGUACCUGCUGCUGGGGAACGACGAGGACUCCCCCGGCCAGAGCGGAGUGGUGGCGGACAAAGGCAGCCUGGUUAUCCAGUGGAGGGACACGUGGGCGCGCAGGCUCAGGAAGUUCCAGCAGCGUGAGAAGAAAGGCAAGUGCAAGAAGCCAUAGGCAAGGGGGGGGGGAAAGAAAAAAGAAAAGAUGGAGAGGAUGCCAGAGAGGAAGAAGAAUUCAAGAGGAAAAGCUGAGCGGGUGAUUAAAAAAUUUAAAGAAAAUGUAAAAAAGAGAGAGGCAGACAGAGGACCACGGACAGACAAAAGACUGUUUAUGUCGCUGCUUUUUUUUUUCUUUCUCGUGUAGAAGCAUGAAGAUAAUUAUUUAGGAUGAUUUGUUUUGUUUUUUCUAGUGAACCUUUGUUGAAGGAGCUCACCUCGCAGAUUUGGCUUUUAUGUUUUUUUUUUACUUUGAGAUUUGCCUCUCAUGUGGAUUUGCCGAAUUUGCACCUAUUACCAGCAUAUAAAGUUAUUUGUGUUUGUUUUCCCCUAUUUUUCUUUCUUUUUUUUUUUCUACCUGAGUAUGAAAUCAUUAUAUUUUAUGUUUAAAUUGUAUGGACAUUUCCUGCUGGUGCAAAAAUGACACAGAAAAAAAAAAACGCCACUUAAUUCACUGAUCUGAUCGAGGGGUAAUAAUAUUUCCUGUUAAUAAUUGUGACAUAAAAAAAGAAAUUCUGCAAGCCACAGAAAUGCAUUAUCCAUUCGACCGCCUCCCAACAUUCAGGUGAGUCCUGUAGUUCUGCUCUUUAGCCGUCAGGACUUUUACAAAUUCCAAACAUGCGCGUGACCGAAGAGCAACAAGGAAUAAAAACACAGUAUUGACACUUUUCUUUUUUUCUACCCCUAGUUGCUCCCUUCACACUUCACUGGUCACAUGUCGGUGCUUCAGUAUUUGUACAAACCUGCAUGUGAAUGCGUCUCAUUCGAGGCCGUAAUGUUCAAUUCACUAACUUGGUGCUUUUACAUAAUGACCAGAGGGUCGUUCUCGGUUAAAAUAUUUGUAUUUUUUGGUUAGUUUUAACUCAUCACACACGUUUAGGAUGCAACAAUAUCGUUGUGCCGAUGAAAGUACUGCGUGUUGUCAGAUUGCACUGGGUAAAAAAAAAAUCUGAUUAAACUCAAUCGAUGCAGACAGUAGAACAGCGACGAGGAAGGGCAUAAAGAAAGGAAAAUAAGAAAUAAACUAAAGAUCAACGAUUCUGGAUUCUGGAUUCUGGAUCGGAUUCGACGCACAACUGUACAGUCAGAAGCCUCCCAUUGGCCUGACGCUUUUAAUCUUUCUCACUUCGACACGUGCACAGGGAGGAGGGGGGGUGGGGGGUUGCAAUCACUUGACGCUGCUGGAUUUCGAGCCACAUCGCUCGUUAAUCAGUGCGCAGUCCGGUUUGGAUCUCUCUGAGGAAUGCGUGGUAAUAAACAACAAAACAACAACAACAAGACACAAAGUGUGUCUGACGUAUCAUAAACCGGGGUUCCUUUUAGUCCGUCCCAAAACACCUCGAGGUGUUUGUUGUGUCACAAAAUCACAUGUAGCACCCUUUUUAUCCGUUCCAGAGUAACUGAAAGAAAAACAAUAAUAAAUGGGUUUGAGAUCAUUUCCACACACACGUGGUUUUAAUCUUAUGGAUUUAUACUUCCUCUGUUUAAGAUGGGAACAGUUUCUGAUUCCAAGAUCUCAGUCGUUCAGGAAUUUUCAGAAUCGACUCAAAUGCCUCCUGGAAGGCUUUUUAAAAAGCCCGAAAAAUCAAAGUCACCAGAGUUCAGCUGUAAAACUAAAUGAACAGAUGCCCUGGUUCUGAAGUACGUCUCAGUAUUGACAUUAAGGGUUUGAUCGAGAGUUGCUUUUUUUUCUUUAAAUGUACAAUCAAUCCACUGAUUGGGAUUGUAGCGACGACACACUCUCUCACAUGACACACACACACACACACACACACACACACGGUGUAUUUACAUGUUCCCAUCGCUCAUUGUUAACCCCACGACGUAACGCUCCAUGUCUGUUUGUUUCUCUGUUGGGCUCGUUGUAACCCGUAGUCCCACCUCUCUGGUCUCCGUGGCCUCAUGCUGUACAUUUUACAUCCGUCUCCCGGGGCGAUGGUUCUGACAAGCUUCCUGAUGAAACGCUUCACACACACACACACCUGUCAAAGCAUUGCUUUGUGUUCAUACUAUGAAAUUGUAAAUGUUGUUUAGUUGUCACCAUUGCCAAGACUUUCUUUUUUUUUUUUUCUUCUUUUUUUGUUGUUGCAAUGUUGUUUUACAAUGCGUACUAAUAUAUUAUGGUUAUUAUAUAUGAAUAUAUUUAAUGACACAAGACAUUGUGGAUUUUAUUGUCUUUUUCAAUUUUUUUUUUUACUUUUACUUGUUUGUGGUUGUUUAGAUCGUUGCCACUAAAGAAGGAAAUAAUAACUACUGAACACACCAACCUGGUAGAACUACAUUCAGAUUUUCAGUUGAAAUAAACUCGUUACAUUG